CAAAGUGAUCUUCACAAUUUGUCUCAGCAACAACACAGUCAUUGAAUUUAUCAAAAUGAACGCCUUUAUAACAGUAUCCAUGCUUCUAUCAAUGGCCUUAGUUGGCAGUGCACAUUUAUUUGGACAUCCUGCAGCACCCGGAGCCGGAGCGGGAUCUGCAGGAACUGGAGCAGGAGGUCCAUCUCCUAAUAUGAUUCUACCUCUGUUAAUGAGAAGUGGUAUGGAUAUGAGAACACUCAUGAUGAUGAUGUCUUUGUCCAAGAAUGGACAAGGUGGUCCAGGCGGGGCUUCUGGUAUGAGUGCACUCCCACUAAUGAUGGCUCUCCGUGGUGGAUCCGAAAACUUACUGCCAUUAAUGAUGAUGAUGGGUAAGGGAAAAUCAGGCAAAAUUGAUCCAAUGAUGAUGGUGAUGAUGGCUGGAGGAAACGACAACAUUAUGCAGAUGCUCCCAUUCCUAAUGACAAGAAACAACGCCGGUCCCGGAAUUGAAACUACAGCUCCAGCAGGUGCUGCCCAACCCAAACCAGCUGGUUUGAUCUAAACUAAAAAAUCAAAUGUAUGUUGUAUGAAUGUUAUUUAUAGAAAGAAUAAAUGAAUUAGUUUUUUAACCCUUUUC